UUUCAUACUUGUCUAGACCUAUCGAAUUCUGCAACUCGCAUCCAGUACAAGACGGGCCUGGUUCUGCUCCGUUGCUUUCAGUCCUCAGAUAAACUGUGGCAGCAUGGUUGUCUGCUUCUUCUCUUUCCCUGGUCUCUCUGUUCGGCUUGGCUGUUUUCAACUUAUUCCGGCUUAUUUCAACUUAUUCUCUCUAUACUAUUAAAUCAGCCGAAAUCAAACAAACCUAACAUGCACUUCAGUUGCCUUGUUUCAAUCUCAGUUCUUACUAAGCUUGCCUAUUUGAGCCGAAACUCAGGCGCCAUGCACAGGCACAAGGAAGUAGAGAACAAAGACCUUACCGUGGCUGCUAUGGCUAAGCAACACAUGGAACCUGGCAUGCUCAUGCCGUGGGCCACGGUAAUCUUGCUCUUGUCCUGUGGAACUGGAACCAUCAGCUGCACGGACGACCUCGCCUCCCUCCUUGAUUUCAAGCGCGCGAUCAGGAGCGAUCCGAGAGGGGCCCUGAGCUCAUGGAACUCCAGCGUCCAUCUCUGCAGCUGGGAGGGCGUGGUGUGUGGCCGGGCGCGCCAUCAGGAGCGCGUCGUGGCGCUGAACCUGUCCGGGCAGGCUUUGGAUGGUCAGAUCUCUCCUUCCCUUGGGAACAUGUCGUACCUUGCCUACCUUAACCUCUCCACGAACAGGUUCUCCGGGCAGAUACCUCCUGAUCUCGGCUACCUGCGCAAGCUCGAGUUCCUUGACCUGAACUACAACUCCUUACAGGGAAGCAUCCCGGACUCAGUCACGAAUUGCUCCAGCUUGCGUGGACUGUACCUUGCAGGGAACCUGCUUGUGGGAGAAAUUCCCAAGAAAUUAGCCCUCCUCUCCAGCCUGCAAAAACUGUGGCUUCACUCUAACAAGCUCACGGGGGCCCUUCCUCCUGACCUAGGUAACAUCACAUCCUUACAACACGUCAUUCUUCAAGCCAACCAGCUCCAUGGAAGCAUCCCCGAGGAGCUUGGGAAGCUAUCCAACAUGACAGACUUGCUACUUGGUGGAAAUAGGCUGUCAGGUAGAAUCCCAGAAGCACUCAUGAAUCUCUCUUCUCUGCGACAAUUGGCCAUGCCAGUGAAUUUGCUUCAUGGUCCACUGCCACCUAGGAUUGGGGACUUCCUCCCUAGCCUCCGGCUCCUUUACUUGGGUGGCAACAUGCUGGGAGGUCACAUCCCGGAAUCACUAGGAAAUGCAUCAGCGCUGCAGUCGAUAGAAUUGGAGUACAACUAUGGCUUUACAGGCAGAAUCCCUCCUUCUCUUGGUAAACUUCAGAUGCUCAGAACGCUAGGUCUCAAUGAUAACAAUCUUGAAGCAAACGAUAGCCAAAGCUGGGAAUUUCUAGACGCAUUAACCAACUGCACUCGUCUAGUGAGGCUUUCACUCUAUGGAAAUCUGCUGCAGGGAGUACUACCAGAUUCAGUUGGCAACCUUUCCUCCAAUCUUGAGUACCUCACGCUUGGAAGCAACAUGCUAUACGGAUUAGUCCCAUCGAGCAUAGGAAACUUUCAUAAGCUAAAUAAAUUAGAUUUACAGAACAACAGCUUUACAGGUGUCAUUGGUGGAUGGAUUGAAAAUAUGGUUAACUUGGAGGGUUUAUACAUUCAGAGCAACCACUUCAGUGGGCACAUUCCAGAUUCCAUUGGUAAUUUUUCAAAGUUGACAGAGCUGUCUCUAGCAGAUAAUCAAUUCUAUGGCCCCAUACCGUCAAGCUUAGGAAAACUUCCACAGCUCUCAAAUUUAUACCUCAGUUAUAACAAUCUUCAAGGCAAUAUACCAAAAAAUCUCAUAGCACCCACAGUUGUUGAAUGUUCAUUAUCCAACAACAAUCUGCAGGGCCAAAUACCUGAUGUUGGCAACCUUCAACAGAUUAACUAUCUAGAUCUUUCUUCCAACAAGCUUACCGGGGAAAUUCCACUUUCUUUGGGCACCUGCCAGCAAUUGCAAACUGUCCGAAUGGACUUAAACUUGCUCUCCGGAAGCAUCCCCAUGUCUUUUGGCAAUCUUAAUAGUUUGACCAUGCUCAACCUUUCUCAUAACAAUCUGUCAGGGUUGAUCCCAAUUACUCUAAGCAAACUACUGCUUCUCACAGAAUUAGAUCUGUCUCACAAUCAUCUUGAGGGUGAAGUACCAACAAAAGGGGUAUUCAAAAACACCACAGCCCUCUCGCUUGAAGGAAAUUGGCAGCUUUGUGGAGGUGUGCUAGAAUUACAUAUGCCUCCAUGCCCCAAUGCUACUCAGAGAAGAACUGGAUGGCGACACUAUCUUGUAAGAAUAUUGACCCCCAUAUUAGGCAUUGUGUCCAUCGCAUUACUGAUAUAUUUUAUCAUCUCAAGAAAGAAGGUGUCAAAAGCACACUCAUCACUGUCCUUUUCUGAUGAGACAUUUCCUAAAGUUUCUUAUAAGGAUCUAGCUCAAGCCACAGAGAACUUUUCAGAAUCUAACUUGGUUGGGAGAGGAAGCCAUGGUUCAGUGUACAAAGGAAUGCUAAAAACUCCAGAACCCGUGGUUGUGGCUGUGAAGGUUAUUGACCUUGCCAUGGAAGAGACUGAUAGGAGUUUCAUGUCAGAAUGUCAAGCUCUGAGAAAUAUCCGGCACCGCAACCUUCUUCCAAUUCUAACUGUGUGCUCAACAAUUGAUAAUAAGGGUAAUGUUUUCAAAGCUCUAGUCUAUAGGUUUAUGCUCAAUGGCAGUUUGGAUUCUUGGUUGCAUCCUCCUGUCUAUGGUCACACUGUGAAUAACCUGAAUCUGUCUCAAAGAUUAAAAAUAGCUGUUGACAUUGCUGAUGCAUUGCAAUAUAUACAUCAUGAUUGUGAGAGUCCUAUCAUUCACUGCGACUUGAAGCCCAGCAAUAUUCUUCUUGACGAUGAUAUGACCGCUCAUCUAGGAGACUUCGGCAUUGCAAGGUUCCAUCUUGAAACCAAAUCACAAUCAGCUGGAGAUUCGAGAUCAACUGGUACAGUAAGUUUGAAAGGAACAAUUGGAUAUAUUGCUCCAGAAUAUGCCGGAGGUAGUUACCUAUCAACUUCUGGAGACGUGUACAGCUUCGGCGUAGUCCUGAUGGAGAUGUUGACGGGGAAAAGGCCAACCGAUCCUCUCUUCUGCAAUGGACUCAGCAUCAUCAACUUCUGCGAGACAAACUUUCCUGACCAGAUACUUGAGACAGUUGAUGCUGAUCUCCUAGAAGAAUACCAGGACCGUGCUCGAGCGAUUCCGGAGAAAGAAAAUGGAGUCCUUCAGUGCUUGUUGGCCCUGGUGAAAGUGGCACUCUCUUGCACAUGCCAGGCCCCUGGUGAUCGAAUGAACAUGAGAGAAGCAGCUGCAGAGUUGCACGAAAUCAGACUGUCCAGUUGUAUUAUUGGGGGUGGAUGCUAUGUAUGAUUCAUUAGUUUGGUACACCAGAUGCUCCAUGCACUAUGGUCUAUGCAGUUACAUGACCUGUGUAUUCUACUGCUAGCGUAGUGGCAUAAAAUGAAGUACAGAGCACUUCAAAGUACGAAGCUGUUCUUUCCUCCCGAUGAUGCCGUACACUGAAUUUGUAUAGAAGUAGGCUGUAGCAGCACAUGGUUUAUUUGACCCUAGCAACCAAA